CAGCAGCGAGCAGACCUCCGAGUUCCCCCCGCAGUCCGGACUCUCUCAUGCGGGCUGCCUGACUCGCUCUCCCCGCCGCUGUCAGCCGGAGCGGAGCCAAGCAGGAGGGACCGAGCCGCCGGCUGGGUGAGCAGCUGAGCCCCGGGAGACAAAGACUUCUCCUUCCUCCUCCUCCUCCUCCUCCUCCUCUCCGCUCGGACGUACAUGGACGCGGGCUCCUCGGAGGUCCGGGUCCGCGGCUGUGCCUCUAUCUCCUCCUCCGGCGGGCAGCGCUGAGCGCGUGGCCGGACUCCGCGGCUCCGCUCCGGGCAGGACGGAGCCCGGACCCCCCGCUGAGAGCAGAAGACCUCCAGGAGCAUGAAGAGGGAAUAAAAAUACUGACAGACUCAACGAGGUUUCACACCGAAAUGGGAAGAGAAGUCUCAGUCACCUUGUAAGAUGUUUCCUCACCACAGAGAAAGGGAGCAGCCGAUCUUCAGCACCCGGGCUCAUGUUUUCCAGAUCGACCCCACCACCAAGAGGAACUGGAUACCGGCCAGCAAGCACGCCGUCACCGUGUCCUUCUUCUACGAUGCCAACCGCAACGUCUACCGCAUCAUCAGCGUGGGAGGGACCAAGGCGAUCAUCAACUGCACGGUCACCCCCAGCAUGACCUUCACCAAGACGUCCCAGAAGUUUGGCCAGUGGGCCGACAGCAGGGCCAACACCGUGUACGGCCUGGGAUUCGCCACAGAGCAGCAACUGCAUCAGUUUUCAGAAAAGUUCAAGGAGGUGAAAGAUGCGGCUCGUCUGGCGCGAGAGAAGUCGCAGGACAAGGAGCUGGCCAACACUGCGCUCACCAUCGCGGCUCCUCAGUUCUCUCAGGACCUCUCGGACGAACUGCAGUCUCCACCGGUGAUGUGUGUGAACGGGCCGGAGGACAAGCUGUUCCGCAGCCAGAGCGCGGACAUCACCCUGUCCUCUGAGAAGGAGCGCAUUAAGAAGAUGCUCUCUGAGGGGUCCAUUUGCGAGCUGAACCUGGAGGCCGAGCUCUUCACUCUGCAGGACAGCAACACCAAGCUGGUGGCGGCGCUGCACGAGGCCAACGCAAACGUGGAGCAGUGGAAGAAGCAGCUGGCAGCGUAUCAGGGGGAGACCGAACGACUCAGAGAGCAAGUGGCUGAUCUGGAGGCUCACGUGGGUCAAGGACCCAGCGACCUGCUGAAGGAUGAGCUGACUCAGUCCCUGGAGGAGCUGGAAGCUCUGCUCAAGGCCAAAGACGAGGAAAUUCACAUUUUGCAAAGCAAGAAAGCAGAUUACCACGAGAUGGAGCACGACAGAGACGAGGCCAUCCGCAGAUUACGGGAGCUGGAGAUGCGGAAUUCAGAGUUGGAGCGCCGCAUCCAGAACACCGAGCAGAACCUGAGUAACUCCCUGGAGGACCGGGACCGCAUGGACUCCGAGAUCCAAAGGGCCAUAGAAAUUCUGGACAUCAAGAUCUUUGACCUUAAUGAUCUCCGCCAGAGCAUGGUGAAGCUCAUCGACAAAUAGGGAGAGACAGACGAGGAAACCAAGAAGAUGAGAAGAAGAAGAAGAAGAAGAAGAAGAAAUAAAACACGGAGGCCAUCCCCGACCUCCUCAAGCACAAACACACCUCGGCUGCUGGUUUUCUAUUGGACGUGCGGCUCUAGCAUAGGACUCGGUAGAUCUAAGGUAACAUUCAAUGCAAUAACCCACCUUUAAGGUAAGUGCUCGAUCAAUGCUAAAUGUUCCAUGUUAGUAUCUGGUGCUUGCGGUUUUUCCAUAACGGUUUGACCUUUUGUACACACAGUGACAAUGCAGUACGUCAGUGUGAAUAAACACGAGGCCUUGUAGUUUCAUCUUCAGCUCAGCGAACUCUCUUUGAAUCCUAUGAAGGUGGACUUAUGAGGAUGGGAAACUCGUGGCGUCGUCUUCAUCCGUGCUUAACGUAACUGACACAGGAGCGAGCAGCGUCAGUGUGCGAGUCGAGAAGGUCUAGCUUGAAUCUUGAUAUCGACGCCAAAGAUCAAAUGUCAGGAGCGGAGAGGGCAAUAAGGUCAUGUGCUUGUUGUUUCAUCCUCAUGUAGGAACGUAAGAAAGCUUUAACGAUUCAGUGAACUGCUGUAGCUUUAAGUUCAUGUCAGUAGAUCUAAUAAGCAGUUAAAAUAAGGAUAAAUAAGUUUUUUUUUCUUCUCGUGAUACAAUUCAGUAAUGCUAAGUUAGGAAGUAAAAUUCUUUAAAGUUAAAUUGAUCACAUAAUAUAGCAGAUUUAAGUUGACUUGAGCUUAGAUCAUGAGCCUUUAUCAAAAACUGACUAAAGUAUCUCCAUGACGGCUCCACAUGGCUCUGACUGGUGUAAGUUUAGGAUCCUGUUUCUGCCUUCUGUCGCCUCUCAGCACAUUUCCUUUAGCUGUGGACGAUGUGCCGUCGGCCUUGAGAGCAGCAGUUCUGUCACCGUCUCCUUCAGCCUGGUCUAUAAUGCUGUACUUUUUCAAGCCUUACUACUGUUUUACACUGGAACUCUGAGCUGAUUCCGCGAUGGUUUGGAAAUAAAGGCAAAACUCAGCA